UGUUAUCAAGUACAUUUGUACUGGCCUGUCUUUGAGAUAUAUAAAGCUGUGAUCUGAAGUAUAAUUAACAAAGUCAAGAGUCCUUGUAAGGAGCAAACCAUUUUUGUUCAGAUAGAAAACUUAUGGAUUUAACAAUGCAAACGUUUAUUUUCAUAGCUGUCAUUACAUUAAUGGCGUUUUGUAUCGUGUCUUCAAAGUCAGUUCAAGAGACACAGUCUGCUGAAUUGGAUCAAAAGAUUAGGAUUAUUGUUGAAAACAUUCUGAAGGAGGAGAAAAGUAAGAUUAGGCCAGAAAAAAGUGACGUAUACUUACAAAAUAGAGUUGAAUACCUUGAAAAUAAAGUGAAAACUAUGGAAGCAAAGCUGGUGGAGCAAACUGAGACUAUUGCUGACUUACAGAAUGAGAUACGAGGGCUACAUGAUAUUGCUGAUGCGAAUAUCGGACUGGAAACGGAAAACAUGAUCAAGAAUUCGAAUAAAGUAGAAAGAAUAACAGAAAAUGGCCAAAGAGGAAGAAGAGCGGCUGCUGUUGCUAACGUGGCCUUUUCAGCGUAUCUGUCACAUACAAACUCUCAUACAGUAAUUGGAAAGGCGAUCAGGUUUGACAAAGUUUUACUCAACGACGGAAGUGGUUAUAAUAAUUACACGGGGGCAUUCACAGCACCUGUGACUGGUGUCUAUCUCUUCACGUUCAAUUUUGACACAAAAAAACUAACAUUUAUUCGUCUCGUAGUAAAUGGAGUGAACCAAGUCGAUGCCGUAGCGAACCCACAUACAAACGCACAGAGCCGUCAGGCAAUUUCGAUGGGAGCAAAUACCGCCAUUGUUCAUGUGCAACAUGGUCAGGCUGUCUUGGUGGAAGCAUACGAAGUUCCUGAUGGCGAGGUGACAUCAAGCGAUUUAUUUAGACUCUGCACAUUUUCUGGAGUUCUUCUUUACUGACGUGUAUGUACUUUAAAUUGUUCAGAAUUUGAUUCACAUAACUAUCUGUGUAUUGAAUAUCAUAGUGCUUAUUGUAUACCAUAUAUAGUAAACUCUUGCAAAUCAGGCUGCAACUGCAUUUUUUUGUUAAAUUUCUUCGAGAUCAAUGUAAAAUCAUUGGUAUAGCAAAGACGUUCAUUUUCAGUCUCUGGACAUGAUAUAGUACUAUGUAUGUGUUUGAGCAAACGGACUAGCUUUACAUACAAGCUGGCUACACACUUAAUUUAUAUUUCUCUAUUGAUAAAUAUCAAUAAUUGAAAUUCUACUUAGUAAAAAUGCAAAAUUUAAGGGAGUAGACCUGUAACACCAACCGCUAAUUUCCGUUCUAUUACGUAAUCUCCGAAUUUCGGCAUUUUCCGGUGGUCACCGAAGUCAAAGAAACUGCAAUUAUGACCUAAAUUACUGCUGGUGAAUUCCGAAAUGUACGGAAAAGAAUUACGUAAUCGUACGGAAAUUGUCGAAUGCUACUACAGGUCCACUGCCUUG